GUGUGGUGUGUGUCAGUGACAAACAAACGCUCAGAGAAAACACUCGGCAGUUUUCAUUAGCGUUGCAUCUAAACGGCGUCAUACAAGCAGAGGCAUCCACGAAGGGAGCGCGGCAUGCAUGCAUGCAUUGAUGUGUGUGUGCAGAUAUUUGGAGGUGUUGGAGGUUUUCGAGGAAUUAAAAGUGGACUGGUGCUGGCUCACUGAGGGCUGGGCUGAGACUUGUGACUGCCUGCAUUGUUGCCUGUUUCCUGGGAUGGAAUAAUUUCCCUCUUCAUUCAUCAAAGGAAUAACUGGCAGACUUCUCUUUCCACUUUCAAUGGUGCUUGAAGGCAGAGAGAUGGACGGCAUCGGGAACACCAUGCAGAAGAAGGCUGCGGAGCUGGAGCGGCUGGCCGAGGUGCUUGUCACCGGAGAACAGCUGAGGCUGCGGCUCCAUGAAGGAAAGGUGAUUAAGGAUCGGCGGCACCACCUGCGAACUUAUCCAAAUUGCUUCGUGGCCAAGGAGCUCAUCGAUUGGUUGAUCGAACACAAGGAGGCAUCGGACCGAGACACGGCCAUCAAGAUCAUGCAGAAACUAUUAGACCAGAGCAUCAUUCACCACGUGUGUGAUGAGCACCGAGAGUUCAAAGACCUGAAGCUGUUUUACCGCUUCCGGAAAGAUGACGGCACGUUUCCGUUGGACAGUGAAGCCAAAGUCUUCAUGAGGGGGCAGAGGAUCUAUGAGAAGCUGAUGAACACAGAAAACAACUUAUUACAAAGCAGGGAGGAGGAGGGCGGGACAUUCGAGCGGGCGCUGGUUGCCUCUGAGUUCAUCGAUUGGCUGCUGCAAGAGGGGGAGAUGGCAACCAGGGAGGAGGCAGAGCAGCUGGGACGGAGGCUCCUUGAGCAUGGUAUCAUCCAGCACGUCACCAACAAGCACCACUUUGUCGACGGGCCCCUCCUCUUCCAAUUCAGAAUGAAUUUCAGGCGACGACGGCGGUUGAUCGAACUUCUUCAUGAGCGCGGCCGCAGCAUCCCCGAGAGUCACGACAGCCCAUUCUGUCUCCGCAAACAGAACUCUGACGGAGGCAACAACAGCUUCCUCUCAGUGAGUCCCACUAAAGAGAUAAAGUUGGUGGUCGGAGUCCGGCGGAGCAGCAUGAGCAGCAGCUGUGGCAGCAGUGGUUAUUACAGCAGCAGUCCUACGCUCAGCAGCAGUCCACCUGUCCUUUGCAACCCCAAAUCUGUUCUGAAAAGACAAGUUAGUCCAGAGGAGCUGCAGACACCAGGAGGACCUUUUAUAAAGAAGACAUUCACUAUUGUCGGUGAUGCUGUGGGCUGGGGCUUUGUGGUGCGAGGCAGCAAACCCUGUCACAUCCAGGCUGUGGACCCUGGUGGACCUGCAGCUGCUGCUGGCAUGAAGGUUUGUCAGUUUGUGGUGUCGGUGAACGGACUGAACGUCCUCUCUCACGACUACCGGACCGUCAGCAACCUGAUCCUCACCGGACCCAGGACAAUCGUCAUGGAGGUGAUGGAGGAGGUUUGAGGAGAGCUAUGACAGAAUCCAUCAUAGAUAGUAGUACAAUAAUGACGUGGAGACUGGAAGGUUUAGGACUUGACCUCAAAACCACAGCGACAGAGCAGCAAGUCUCUCAAUGUCCCAACAUUGUUUGGACAAGGUGGAUGACUGAGAGACUGUUUAAGAAUGUGGAUAUUCAAGUCAAGUGAAUGAUUCAACCUGUAGACAAAACACACAGGUUGUUAUUUUUUCUUUGAGUUUAGAGGCGCACUCAUAAAAGAGGGAAAGUGCAAGAGCCACAACUUCUACGGAUGUGGACGCAGACUGCUUCAAUGUGUCGACAAAGACCCUCAGUCUUAAUGAAGAGGCCCCAGAUUUAAUGUGUGAAAUAGGACGACUCAUGUUCCCUGUUUUUCUUUGAGUUUGGAACUGUUUCAUGAAUAUGUUGCUGAACAUGAUGAGCGUUUAAAAGAAAUCAUUAGAAACCAGGAGAUGAACAAGUACCAGCUGAAAGUGUAACAAUAAGGAAGAAUAUUUCAUGCUGACACAUUCAGUGACCUCUCCCCCAGUUAGUUUCCAACAAUGGAUCUGAUGGCUGAACACUGCCCUCUGCUGGGAGAGACAGUACAACACAGAACAUUUAUACAAUGAUGAUGAAAAUCACAAGUUUCAGGGUGUUUUUUCAUUGCUUGGAAAACCAGCUUGUUAAAUAGAAAACAAGAUGAAUUUCUAAGCUUGUCAUGUGCAAAAACCACUUAAUUGAUACCCAGGUAGAUUGCUGUGUAGCUGCAAGGAAUUAGUUUACAUAAUAAAUGUGCAGUGAUAAACUGUACGUGGCAUAAACGGGCACAAUGUAUAUAGAAGAGUUACAAAAGAGUUAACGCACAAACAAACUGAAGAAGUCCUGCUUUAGAAAAAUAGUGUUUAUCAAACAGAAACUCAUAAUUGUGCAAUUUAAAAUGAACUGCAGUACUGAGAAUGUCUCGAAAACUUUAUAAAUAAUUGUUUUGUGUAGGAGUAAUUACCCCUGAGCUCUAUAAGUAUCUUUUAGUUGUUUUUUUUUUUUAAAACACAAAGAUAUACAAACCAGAAAGUUCCACAAUGACAUAGAGCAAGUCUCUAUUAUAUGUGUUGUUAAAAUAUUCUUAACUCUAAAGUAUUUGUAAAAAUUAGGAAAUAUGUCUAAGAGGUGUUGCAUUUAUUGACUAAAAAAAACCCCAAAGACUAGGAGUGUUUCAAAACACUGGCAACACCAGAUGAAUCAUAAACUAUAAAAGUCUUGUUAUACCUGCCAGAUUUAAUUUGGAACUGUAAAAGAUUUUCUUGCUGCGAACAGAAGAUUUAGUUAACAUUAGAUACAGAAAAUGUAUCUAAAUAUUUUUGACGUUUGAAGAAUUAAAGGGUCGAAUGAUAUAAUUAGCACUUGAACUAUUAAACAUUCGUUUUUUUCAGUAACAAACACACUUAAAUGACAAAAACAUUCUUCUUUUUUAAAAAUAAAAUAUAGAUUUUGAAUUUGUAUACAUAUAUAUACACAUGCAGGGACUUAGACUCUGAAAAGACCUUCUUAGUUCUUUUAAUACAUUUUUAUCAGUUAGUUACCCUGUGUUAUCUUGAAUUCAGAAAGAAAACAAUGAAUUGAAGUCAUAGUGGAUCAUGUUUAACUAUAUCAAAACAUCAGUUUACAAACUCUCUCACAACUCACGCAGUAUAAUCCAAGUCUCAUUUAUUUAGUUGUAUGCUCAGCACUUCCCAAGCACAUACAUUUUCACUGAAACCUUACUAUUUUAAAAAACUUUGGCAUAAACUGCACAUGUGCAUUACUCAUUUGUGCGUGAGGCUGUUAUUGCAGUAUUUCAAAUAGUAAGGUUUGUCUUCAGGAAGCACUGAGCAUACUAUCGAAUAAAUGAGACCUGGAUAAUACUGCAUGAGUUGUGUGAGAGUUCGUAAGUGUA